CUCCUCUUAUUAAACACGCGAUCAGCACUGCAAAACCAAGAUGGCUGCCCACAGUGCCGUACUCUCCGCGUCCAAAAUAAUGAAUCCUUUCUGGGUUGGACGCCUUGGAAACACUGCUAAAGUAUUUGGAACAACUUUGAUCAGACACCGGAAUAAGACCUCGUUUACUGGAGAAAACAUUCCCCCUCCAGCAAAGUAUGGAGGCAGGCACACUGUGACCCUCAUACCUGGUGAUGGGAUCGGUCCAGAGCUUCUCAAUCAUGUCAGAGAAGUUUUCAGGUUCGCCUGUGUGCCAGUUGACUUUGAGAUGGUGAAUGUCAACUCCGCUUUGGAGACCGAUGAUGACAUGAAUAAUGCCAUCACUGCCAUCCGGCGAAAUGGAGUUGCCCUGAAGGGUAACAUAGAAACCAAACAUACCCUGCCAGCGUCUGUCAAAUCCAGAAAUAAUGUGCUGCGCACGAGCUUGGACCUGUACGCCAAUGUGAUGCACUGUCAGUCCCUCCCCGGGGUCCAGACUCGCCACAAGAACAUUGACAUCAUGAUCAUCAGGGAGAACACAGAGGGAGAGUACAGCAGUUUGGAGCACGAGAGUGUAUCCGGGGUAGUGGAGAGUCUAAAGAUUAUCACCAGGAAUAAUUCCAUCAGGAUUGCUGAUUACGCCUUCAAACUGGCCAGGGAGAGAGGUCGCCGCAGGGUCACUGCUGUACACAAAGCUAACAUCAUGAAGCUCGCCGAUGGCUUGUUCCUGCAGUGCUGCAGAGAAGUGGCCUCGGGUUAUCCAGACAUCACAUUCGACAGCAUGAUUGUGGACAAUACCACAAUGCAGCUCGUGUCCAAACCACAGCAGUUUGAUGUGAUGGUCAUGCCCAAUCUGUACGGGAAUGUGGUGAGCAACGUGUGCGCAGGGCUGGUGGGAGGACCUGGCCUCGUGCCUGGGGCCAAUUAUGGUCGUGACUAUGCUGUCUUUGAAACGGCCACAAGAAACACAGGAAAAAGUAUUGCAGAAAAAAACAUUGCAAACCCAACUGCCAUGCUGCUAGCUAGCUGCCUGAUGCUGGACCACCUUAACCUUAAUGAUUAUGCAAGUCUGAUCCGGAAUGCAGUCCUCACCACAAUGAACGAAACCAGGGUGAGCCUUCCUCACUGAUGGGUUCCUCACCUA